GAGAAUGGGGUGGGGUUUGGCUUGUGACGGCGCUGGCGUAAACAAACACAGACGUUUAAAUCCCCAGCUGUCAAACGGCGAUUCUGUCGGAAACUGAGAGAUGCAGAAUGUCUAUAAAAGAAGCCACACUAUCAUCUUCAGUCAAGAUGGAGGCUCCACCAUCCAUGGCCAUGAUCCACUACAGCAAAACUUUGCAGAGACGCUUCCCACAGAGAUGAGUGUGAGGAUCUUUAGCGAGUUGGACCUCAGGAGUUUGUGUCGGGCCUCACUCACCUGUAAACGCUGGAAUGGUAUCAUUGAGGGCAACGAUUACCUGUGGCGCAACCACUGUUUUACAGUGCAUGCCAUUUGUCAAAGGGAUGUGGAUGGGGACAGGCAGAAUGGAUAUUCAUGGAAGGUUACCCUAUUGCGCAACUACAGGAAGGGCUGUGUAAAGAGGAGGUGGCUGAAGGGCCGAUACAGCAACAUCCACUCCGCUGACGAGAUUCCACCCAACCACAUGUGUCCACUAGACAUGGAGACGUGGGGAGAGAUACUGGAGGCAGAAUUGGAGAGAUAGAACAGAGAGACUUUUUAAAUCAUGCUAAAAGACUUAUUUACAGCAACAGUAUCUACAAUGGAGCAUUAUGACUGAAACACUUGCCGGACAAAUAAUUUUAUACUAUGAUUCAUAAUUAAUGAGAAAAUGUAUGCUGACAGAUUGCACAAUAAUGUGGCUUUCGAUUGGUGUGUAAUGAAAAAAACGUUGGCUUUAUUACUGUAUGGGGUUUUAUAGAUAUUUAGCUAUUGGGAUCAUUUUACAGGUGGACCACAGUGAGUUUUUUUGUUUGUCUUUUUUGUAGAGUAGAAUAAUCUUCAAAAAUAUUGUGCCUUUUUUAUAGAUUUUAAUAUUAGUAAUAAUUAUAUUAAUUUAUUUGAUUUGCAAGUUUUUCUGACUUAAAACCCGAAAAUGUUAUUUAUAAAAGCUAGUAUUCGUUAUGUCACACAUUUUAACCUUUUUAUCCAGGAAUUUUCCAAGAGUUAUAUUGAAGUUUGAUUGUUUAAUUGUUAAAUUUAUUUGUGCAGCGAUUUAAAAACAACUUUUUGAAACAAACCAAACUACGAUUUGAACUAGCCACUCUGUGGAAUGGGUUACCAAAGAAAAAUAAUGUUUUUAGGUGCUCUAUUGCAUUGUACCGUCUAUUGCAUUUUGCCAUCCCAGGCUAAAUUAUAUUAAAAUGAUUAUUAAAACA